GCUCACAUCCAUGAACGUCAGACGGAGACAGAUGAAAUCAAAGGAAUAGAAAUUACUGCUUCCAGUUAUUUGUCUCCGUCUAUCUCGAAAUAAAAUAAAUAAAUAAAUUAAACAAUUCAGCGGUAUCAUGAGUUGAUUUUAUCGCAGUUUUAGGAGAAGAUCUUGGGCAGGGGCUGAACAUGCGUCCCUGCUCUACUGUCAUGCACCUGCUGCUCCGAUGGAUGCGCAGGUGUGGCAGGCACAGUCGCAGUCACAUGCCCAGAAGACUAAAACAGCCUGUGAGCUACAUCAGACUGAUCUUCAAAUCCCUUUAUUUUAACUCACUCACUAACUCUGAAGUAGUGCUGGACUGCAUUCUUGAACCAGUGUUUUGGAUGGUGGAGGUUGUCACACGCUGGUUUGGAAUGGUUUUUGUAUUUUUAGUAGUAGCUCUUACCAGUUCUGUGGUUUUCAUCGCUUACUUCUGCCUUCUACCGUUGGUCCUCCAAACUUACUCUCCUGGCUGGAUGAUGUGGCACAUUUGUUAUGGACAUUGGAACUUGGUCAUGAUAGUCUUCCAUUACUACAAGGCCACAAAAACUCCCCCUGGAUACCCUCCAAAGAUAAAAAAUGAUGUCCCAUUUGUGUCGUUCUGUAAAAAGUGUGUCAUUCCUAAACCAGCGCGAAGUCAUCACUGUGGCAUCUGUAAAACCUGUAUUCUUAAAAUGGAUCAUCAUUGCCCUUGGCUUAACAACUGUGUUGGUCAUUACAAUCAUCGUUACUUCUUCUCCUUUUGUCUCUGUUUGACUUUGGGCUGCAUGUAUUGUAGCAUCAGCGGUCGCAAUCUGUUUAUCGAUGCAUACAAUGCCAUAGAUCAAUUCAGACAUUUGGAAGCGGAGAAACAGGGUGUCCCUGUGACAGGGAUUGGGUUGCUCAUCGGCAUUGUACCAUCAGAAGCCAUGGCUGGGAAGGAGGUUUCUCAACCUCCAUACACCUACAAAGACAGAAUGUUUCACAAGAGUGUUAUCUACAUGUGGGUCCUCACAAGCACAGUGGCAGUCGCCCUAGGAGCUCUCACAUUGUGGCAUGCUGUACUUAUCACCUGUGGAGAAACCAGCAUUGAACGCCAUAUAAACAACAAAGAGGCCAAACGUUUGGCGAAACGUGGAAAAGUCUAUCGGAAUCCUUUCAGCUAUGGUAAACUAAACAACUGGAAGGUGUUUUUUGGUGUCGAAAAGAGAAGUCAUUGGCUGACACGUGUUCUCCUGCCCUCUGGACACACCCCAUAUGGUGACGGACUGACAUGGGACAUUUACCCUCUUAAAAAAGACAUGAUGCAAGUCUGAGACAUUAAAGACUUGACUGUCUUAGUUGGUGAUAACCAGCAUGCUGAUCAGGGUGAGUCCCCCCCACUGUGCCAAGACUGAAUGCAGAACCAGAGCCCUGGGAACAUGGGAGUCUGCAGAGCCCAGAUUUAGACAGCGAUCUGACUGGAUGACUUUUGCUUUUUAUGGCCAAAUGAAAGGGCUGUUCUCCAAAAAAAACACCAUGCAAAUUUUGGAUAUUUCUAUCAAUAUUUUGUAAUGAAAUCCAUGACAGUUGUCUGUGCGAUCUGUGGAAGAUACUAUGUUUAAAGGCAUAGUUUACUCAAAAAUUAAAAAUACUGUCAUCAUUUACUUACCCACAAGUUGAUCCAAACUUAAAUGAGUUUCUUUCGUCUGCUGUGCACAAAAGAAGAUAUUUUGAAGAAUGUUGGCAACCAAACAGUUGAUAGUAGCUAACUUCCUUAGUGUGUGUGUGUGGGGGGGGGGGGGUUUGUAACCAGGUGGAUCUUAAUCUAAUUUAACUCAUUAUUUAUGUCACUUACAGUAUCGUUCUUUAAAUGCACUAAAAUCCAAUAAUUAAUUUCCAAAGUCAAGCACAUCUGAAGAAACUUGCCUAGAAUUUUAUUAUGUAUAAAAUAAAUGUUUUUUU